UCCGGAUCAAAGACAUCGAGCAUAUCCUCGAUCUGCUUAGAAAAUGGUGGAGUUUAUCAAUCAAUAGAUACAAAUACAUAAACAAAUCGGUACGGCAACCUAUGCCUUCCGCCACGAGCCUGGUCGAGGCUGGCAUCGAAUUUAAAAGGGGCGAGUCCAACAUGGGCAUCCUGAACAUAAGCUUUAAAAAUGGUAUCCUUGAGAUCCCUCCCUUACUACUUCAAGAGACGACAGAAACCGUCUUUCGUAAUCUUAUCGCUUUUGAACAGUGUUAUCCCGAAUGCGAAGCUAUGUUCACUUCAUAUGCGGUACUCCUAGACAGCCUCAUUAGCACUACCAAGGAUAUCAACAUACUUUGCAAGAACAACAUUCUUGAUGCCUGUUUGAAGCCAGAGGAUGCAGUCCAGUUUUUUCGCAAGCUUAACCACAAUACUUAUCUCAGGGAUUGCCAUUACCUACUUAUUUGCCAGAUCGUGAGAAAAUAUAGGCGACCUUCUUCUAGUACUUUCUCUAGAUGGCGUGUAACUUUGGUGGACAAUUAUUUUUUCUCCAUAUGGGCUGGUACCUCGACAGUGGCUGCUACUGCGCUGCUGGUGUUCGCCUUUGUACAAACUGUGUUCACCAUAAUAAAAUAAAAGAACAGUCUUGUAACUUAAUUUGUCAAACUUAAUUAUUAUACAACCCGUCCCUCCAAUCUCCUUUUCAUUGCUACGUACAAAGUGGCUAGUGUUUUUUAUUUUAUUUUUCUUUUCGGUCUUUUUUUUUUUGUCACAGGCAAGAGUGUUGCUUGCUGUACGUGCAGUCUGUAUUUUUAUGGAUUUUAAUUUAUUUUCAAUUAUGCUGUAAUUUCUUUUCA